CUGGAGGUAUUGGUUGUCUCACCUAGCACCUCGAGGGUGGGGCUGAAAUAAUAGAAGAUCAAUUCUGUAUCAUUAGUCGGAUAUCCCCAUGCAUCCUGCGCCGUGUGUUAAAAAACAAGCUGGAGCUGCUUCCUGCAACUGCUUUAAUUGGCCGCAGCGGGACCGCGAAGAAUCCUUGUCCUUUUCGAGCUAUAAUGGUAGAACCACUGACAAAUGGGACAGCCUACUGCGAGUCCGAGGACCACUUCAAACCCGACGAAUGUAUUCGUUCGUCAAUCUCGGAGACUCAAGCCCGAGACUUGGCCAAACGACUCUACGGCCUCACCGUCACUAGCAUUCGACAGUUCAAUGGUUACCAUGACAGGAAUUUCUACCUGACUGUAGACCAAGAUUGCAGUAAUCCGCACAUUGAUGAGGUGUUGCCCCACGGAUACGUUCUCAAAAUCAUUAACACGCUUGAUAGUAAGACACCUGAACAUUUGGAUGCCCAAUCCAGUCUUCUCCGCCAUAUUCAUGCCAAGAUGCCCGGAUGUUGUCCACUUCCGGUGAAGAAUGUUGACGGGAACUUCUCCUCGCUGGAAACAAUAUUACAAGGAGGUCAAAAUGGCACCGGCACCCAGCAUAUCGUUCGUCUCCUCUGUUUCAUUCCCGGGGUUGUCUUCCAUCAAAUGCCGCAGCCAGACUAUGAUAUUUAUUACGAUGCGGGCCAGUUCCUCGGCAGGCUUGACAUAGCGAUCAAGGAUUUCUCCAGCCCUGCCUUCGAAGCUCGCUUCAACUGCUGGAGUAUGUACUGGGUACCGAAUUUGAAGAGGUGUACGUACGCGGUGAGGGACCCCAAAAGACGGGCAUUGGCAGCGGAAGUCAUUGAGGAAUUUGUCGCGCAGGUCAUACCAAAUUAUAACAAGCUUCAAAAAGGCACAAUCCAUGGCGACUUUAACGAACAGAAUGUCCUAGUUACGCCAAAAGACGGGAUGGACAACGCAGACCCAACCACCGAAACAAAGUACAAGCAUAUUGGAAUCAUUGACUUUGGGGAAAACGCGAACGCUUGCUACGUCUUUGAAAUAGGGUUAUCAAUGAUGUAUCUGUCCACCUGCAGCCGGAAGUUAGAUUUCAUCGAAGCCGGCGGCCAUCUUCUUGCCGGAUAUUUGACCCAUAUGACCUUGAGUGACCUUGAAUUUGACCUUUUGAGGACGGUUGUGGCGGCGCGUUACGCCCAGUCACUGGUGCUAGGAGAGUAUUUCUACUCAUUGGAGAAGAAUGAGUACUGUUUGAGUACCAGCAGUGCCGGCUGGCUGCAGCUUGAGAAACUAUGGGAGACGCCCAAGGAAAAAGUGAUGGAGAUCUGGUCCAUGAUUAUUGAGCAGCGGAAAGAUCAGCACCUGACUACUGAGCAGUAACAGGGUCGUCAGAUAAGGUAAAUUGGUGCAAUAUCCAAGCCCCAGUUCAAGUGUGGCCUCUGCGUGCAAUAAUGUGUAGGCCCUACUGUCAGCAAUGUAUCUAAGACUGAAAUUGUAUCAGGGCUAUAAUUUUACCACUUUACCUUACUGCAACAUGAUCAGGUCCAACAUGUAGGUGCUAGCUCUAGACAAGCCAUGAGAUUUACAACUGGCGUCGAACAAUAGGAUAGGACACAAAUUAUUUGAGGACAUCGAUUCUCGUUACAUGCCAAAGACUUUGGCGUUGGUUCUCUGCUCGCUCUCAGCGAACUACU